AUGGAGAAUCGCGAAGGUGAGACCCAAAAGGCGGAGUCGGGCAAGAUGGGAUCGUUGCUACUCCUUAACGCUCUUAAAGCCAGUCCAACGUUAAAACAAAUGAGCAAAGGGCUCAUGUACGUGGAGGCACGAGUGAACAAGAAGCCAACCCGAGUAAUGGUUGAAGAUGAAGCUGUGAGACUUGGGGUAAAGUGGACCAAGAGAGAAGGUUGGAUGAAAACGGUGAAUGCAAAGGCACAAUCCGUCAAUGGGGUAGCUUCCGGGAUUGAGAUGCAACUAGGCAGUUGGAGUGGGCCAGUAAACUUCUCAGUCAUCCCCAUGGACGAUUUCAAAGUGGUGUUGGGUAUGGAUUUCAUGAGGCAAGUCAUGGCGAUUCCUUUGCCCGCACUAAGCUCAGUGUGCAUCCUCGAGAAAGGAUCACAGUGCAUGAUUCCAACCAUAGAAGAGAAGUCCUUGAAGAAAACAAGGAUGUGA